AUGGAGUCGUCCAGAGGGCCACCGAGGGUGAAGAACAAGGCCGCCGCGCCUGUUCAAAUCAGCGCCGAACAGCUUUUAAGAGAAGCUGUUGACCGUCAAGAAGUCGGCGUGCAGGCCCCCACUCAACGAUUUGCUGAUUUGGAAGAGCUUCACGAGUUUCAAGGACGGAAGAGAAAAGAGUUCGAGGACUAUGUGCGACGCAAUCGACUCAACCUCAACAACUGGUUGCGAUAUGCUCAGUGGGAGUUGGAGCAGAAGGAAUUUGCCCGCGCCCGGUCCGUCUUUGAGCGCGCACUCGACGCACAUCCCAACAAUGUUCAGCUAUGGAUUCGGUACAUCGAGUCGGAGAUGAAGGCGAGGAACAUCAACCAUGCGCGAAACCUCCUGGAUCGUGCCGUCGCUCGCUUGCCGCGCGUUGACAAGCUCUGGUACAAAUAUGUCUACAUGGAGGAGAUGCUGGGCAACAUUCCCGGAACGCGGCAAGUGUUUGAUCGAUGGAUGCAAUGGCAGCCAGAUGAGGCGGCAUGGAGCUCGUAUAUAAAGCUUGAGAAGCGGUACGGCGAAUUCGAGCGAGCAAGAGAAAUCUUUCGGACCUUUACCAUGAUUCACCCUGAGCCCCGGAAUUGGAUCAAGUGGGCCAAGUUUGAGGAGGAGUUCGGUACUAGUGACCAAGUGCGGGAAGUCUUUGGGGAGGCCGUGGAGGCAUUGGGAGAUGACUUUGUCGAUGAGAAAUUGUUUAUCGCCUAUGCUCGUUUCGAAGCCAAGCUAAAAGAGUAUGAGCGCGCUCGUGCGAUAUACAAGUAUGCCCUGGACCGACUACCAAGAUCGAGGUCAAUGAUUUUGCACAAAGCAUACACAACAUUCGAGAAACAAUUUGGCGACAAGGACGGGGUGGAAGAUGUUGUGCUAUCCAAGAGGAGAGUAUAUUACGAGGAGCUUAUCAAAGAGAACCCGAAGAACUACGACGCCUGGUUCGACUACGCAAAGCUCGAAGAGACUUCACAGGACUCUGACAGAAUUCGAGAUAUAUACGAGAGGGCUGUUGCUCAGGUUCCACCAACGAUGGAGAAGCGGCACUGGAGGCGAUACAUCUAUCUCUGGAUCUUCUACGCUAUAUGGGAAGAGAUGGAGGGACAGGAUGUUGAACGGACACGGCAGAUUUACAAUACGUGCUUGGGUCUGAUCCCACAUAAGAGGUUUACGUUUGCCAAAAUCUGGCUCAUGGCGGCGCAUUUUGAAAUCAGACAGGGUGAACUUACCGCAGCGCGAAAGCUUCUUGGACGUGCGAUUGGCAUGUGCCCAAAGGACAAGAUCUUCAACGGUUACGUUGACCUUGAACGCAAACUAUUCGAGUUCGUGCGGUGUCGCACUCUGUAUGAGAAGCACAUCGAAUAUAACCCAGCAAAUUGUCAGACAUGGAUCAAGUUUGCUGAACUUGAGCGUGGUCUGGAUGAUCUGGACCGUACACGCGCCAUCUUCGAGCUUGCUGUCCAGCAGCAACAGCUUGACAUGCCUGAGCUCCUAUGGAAGGCGUAUAUCGAUUUCGAGGAGGAAGAAGGUGAAUACGAACGGACGCGAGAUCUCUACGAGCGCCUACUUGAAAAGACGGACCACGUCAAGGUCUGGAUUAGUUACGCGCACUUUGAGAUCAACAUUCCCGAAGAUGAGGAGGAGGAGGAGGGUGAUGAGGAACAGCCAGUCAGCGAAGAGGCCAAGGAACGAGCACGCAAGGUAUUCAAGCGAGCACACAGGAGUAUGCGAGACCGAGAUCUCAAGGAAGAGUGCGUUUCGCUACUCAACGCCUGGUUAUCAUUCGAGCGCACACACGGCUCAGUGGAGGACGUGGAGGCUGUGCAGAAACAAAUGCCACGCAAGACGAAGCGCCGAAGAAAGCUCGACGACGACUCGUGGGAGGAAUACAUCGACUAUGUCUUCCCUGCCGAUGACAAGCAGGCUGCCGACGUGUCCAAUCUCCUGGCCAUGGCGCAGAGCUGGAAACAACAGGCGGGUGGAGGUCUUGGUGCAUGA